UUAUGGAACUUGAAAAACUCCAACACACUCCACAGCAAAGUUAACAUACAUGAGUGGGACUGAGACCAAUUGGUAUUUAAAUAUAAAGACCCAGCACUAAAGGGCGUUAUUCGCCUAAUUAAAAAGCUGCGCUGUGUAGCGUUCCAUGGAUAAAUAAAAAUCUAUGCAACACAAUACUUACUUCAAGCUUUCAAUAUGAGAGCAUAUCUACAUUAUUUGAUCUGCUUACUAGUUCUACACAGCACGGAUGCUUAUGGGACACUGGAGGAUCUUGCCAUGUCCGUGGCGAGCUUAGAAAGCUUAAUACAUGCCCAAAGUCUAUUUAUAGACGAGCUCUUCGAUUAUACCCAGGCUUUGCAGACAACACUUAACACAUUCGAGAGAUGCUUGUUUGAAGUGCGCGCAAAGAUGCAGCAUUGGAGGGCUGAUCCCGAGGCAUAUCUAGCCAAUCCCUUGAACAGUUAUGCGCUGAUACGGCGCCUCCACGAGGACUGGAGUUACAUUGAGGCGUAUAUGCAAAAACCAGUUGGCUCAGAGUAUGCUGAAAAUGUGAAUUGGCUUUUUGAGGACUAUGCGCCCACAGCCACAGACCUGGAGGAUGCCAUGAAGGCCAUAAUACGAAUACAAGACUGCUAUGAUCUGGAUGCGGCGCAGCUGGCCAACGGGCUGAUUGAUGGCAAGCAAUACAAUGCCCAACUAAAUGCUCUUGACUGCUUUGCUUUGGCCGAGUUCUGCACGAAGAAGCCACAGUUACACUAUGCUGUGGCCUGGUACAAGGAAGCUCUUGAAAGGUAUUACUAUAGCCAAGAUAACGAGCUAUAUGAUACAGUUUAUAAACUAACAGUGAAUGAUUUAUAUGGAAAAUAUGCCAACAAGCUUUCGGAGAACAAUAAUAAUAAGGAGGCUUUAAAUGUGCUCAACAAAGCCGCUGAUUUACAUAGUUUACUCUGGCUACAGCGAAAAUUAUUGGAAGAUUCCGUUCGUCAUACAAGCACAGGCUAUAAGUUUGAAAAAGACCCCCUGAAUUCUAUGCAGAUCGGUUGCCGCGGCCAGUUUCCAAAUUUAACGCAAAUGUAUUGUUACUAUCAAAAUUCAAAGGAACCUUUUUUAAUUCUGGCACCGCUUAAAGUGGAAUUACUAAACAAUGAACCUUACUUGGCGCUAUAUCACGAUGUCAUCUAUGAAACUGAAAUUAAAAAACUAUUGAGCUUAGAUCUUGCCAGCAUGAGACACGAUCGAACUGCAGACCAUAAAAACUCCGUUAAGUACACAACCGUGACGAGGGACCUGGAUGAUGUGCUCAAUUAUCGUGUUAUGGAUAUGACAGCCAUGAACGUGGCCUCCGAAAAGGACUUUCUGCUCAUCAACUUUGGCAUAGGUGGCCACAUAAGAGCACUCUCUGAGCAGCAGCCGCAACUGGACACUGUCAGGGCCUCCAUUAUAUUUUUCCUGAGUGAAGUGCCGCAAGGGGGCGACACUAUUUUUCCAGAACUGGAAAUUGCCAUCAAGUCCAAAAAAGGCGCCGCAUUAGUGACGCAUCAUUUGGACAAGCAGCUAAAUAUUGAUCUUAGCUCGGAUCAUUUGUCAUGCCCCGUCUUGGUGGGCUCCAUGUGGAGUAGGUUCUUUAAAAUUUCUUUAAAAAAUUCAACUCGAAAUAACUUUUUACACGCCAAAGCAUUGUCAGUUUACCAUCCGAUUGGCUGCGAAGUGCUUAUAAUGAGGUUCCAACUCGCAGUUUUUAGUUUCUCAAUCUUGGUUUAUGGCACGCUUGUUAAUGGCUCUAAAAAUUACACGACAGAGCUGUAUAGCAGCUCCAUUGUGGGACUGUUAAAGCUGUUAGAUAUUGAGGAUAAGUUUGUGGCUAAUUUGCAGGAAUAUGCCGAAGACCUAGAGGAUAAGUUGGAAACGCUGCAAAUCUAUUUAAGGACGCUGAAUCGUGAUGCUCUGAAGAGCACAAAAGAACAAGAACAAUAUGUCUCAAAUCCGCUGAAAGCAUUCGGGCUUAUUCGACGCAUACGUCAAGACUGGCGCGCAUUACAGGACUUGACGGAGGCAAAGGCGGGUGCAGCAGCACAGCUGGCAGCUAUGACAGAGCUUCUGGCCAAAGCGCCAACUGAGCAUGAUAUGGAAGAGUCGCUGCUGGGCAUAAAUCGCAUCGAGCUGACCUAUGACCUCAGUGCAAUUGACAUAGCAGAAGGUCGCCUGCGAGGCAAGCAAUUCAACAAUACGCUUUCGAUACGUGACUGUUUGGCCAUAGCUAAUCACAAAUAUGACAACAAGGACUACGGCCGGGCUUUACUCUGGUACCACAUUGCAUUUAGGCGCGCUAACGAACCCAAUUUCUUGGCCUACAAUAAAAUAUUGGGUAGGCCCCUAGCCGGUAUGCGUCGCAAAUUUGCCAGAGCGCGUCUAUUGCAAGGUAUGCCGUUCAUUGAGCCCACACUGAACGAAACACAAACGCAGGAAAAAGUUGAUGAAAUACUGAAGGCAACCAACUCAAGUCAAUUGGAGAAUUUCGUAAACGAACUGUUAGAACAGGAAGACGUGGACGUUUUAGGGGUAAACCUACUAAAACCGAAACCGACAGCCCAUUAUUUGGGCUGUCGUGGCCUUUUUGCCAGUCGCAAAAAUCUGAGUUGUCGUUACAACUCGACAACCACGCCGUUCCUGCGACUGGCACCGCUCAAAUUGGAGGAGAUCAGCCACGAUCCAUAUAUAGUCAUGUACCAUCAAGUGCUGUCCGACAGCGAGAUUGUGGAAAUGAAGCGGCUAACUGGGCGUAUGGAAAAUGGCUUAUCGGGUGCCGAUACGCCGAAUAAUACAGAGCCGCUCGACAUCGUAGCACGCGCUAGCUGGCUGGUGGAGACGACACCGUUUCGGGAGCGCAUCAAUCAACGCAUCACAGACAUGACGGGCUUCGAUGUGCAGGAUUUUUUGCCUCUAAUGGUGGCUAACUACGGCAUAGGCAACUACUUCCAGCCCCACUACGACUACAUGUACGGUGGGCGUGUGUCUGGUGAGUCCGUUGCCGAACUGGGCGAGCGUAUAGCCAGUCUGAUAUUCUACGCGAGCGAUGUCGCACAAGGUGGGGCCACCACAUUUCCCGACAUUCAAGUUGCAGUUCAGCCCCUAAAGGGCAACAGCCUGUUUUGGUAUAAUAUGUUCGAUGACGGCACACCGGAUCCUCGUUCUUUGCAUUCCGUAUGCCCUACUAUUGUGGGUUCCAGAUGGACGCUCACCAAGUGGUUGCACAUGUGGCCCCAGAUGUUUAUCAAGCCCUGCUUCGGAAGGCCAUCAAAAUAAGCCUCGAAGAUAAUUUAAAUGAUUUACUUUUAAUUCCUUUAAAAUUUAUAUAUAUA